GAUACACUCCUUGUUCAGCCUCGUCAGCGUGUGAACAGGCGAAUGAAGACCCGAAUCGCGACGGACGGGAAAAACAACAAAAACACCAUAGUACACGGGAUAAGACCCUUCUGAGUGGGUCAGCAGUGCUUCUGUCUGAAAGUAUCCCAGGCCGAGGGGAAGAGUGAGUCGGGAGAAGGAGAGAGCGCGAAAGAGAGAGAGAGAGAGCUAGCGAGAGAGAAGGAGAGAGAGGAGACACUUGUGCGCAGACGCUCAUAUAUCGAAGUGCACGUCUCUCCCCGCGCUCACUAGUCUUCUAGACCCUGUUGGCAUGAGGCAUUCGUGAUUUUACUGUCGCGUUCUCCAGGGUCACACAGGCCUUCCAGGCGAAACAACAAAUAUGGCUGUGCUUAGAAUAUUCCGAUGGCAUCAGCUGAUUCUUCUUAUAUUCUUCGUUCUCCUGAAUAAAGGUGCGUCGGGGAUCAGCUGUUACAUGUGCUCCUCCAAGAACGGCAGCGACACCAACUGCGACGACCCCUACCACCCCGCCCACUCGAAGUACGCCGAGAACUGCCUGGUGCCGAAGGAGGACCACAUCGGGGAAUUUCCAGCCAACUACUGCGUCAAAAUCAGCGGAGUCUCAGCAGUUACUGGCGAAUCUCUGAUGAUCCGGACCUGCGUGUUGGAGAACAUGGACUCCCAGUGUGGCGUGUUCAAGUUCGGAGACGAGCAACUCAAGGGCUGCAUCCUCACCUGCGAGUACGACGGCUGCAACCCCGCCUCCAGAAGCAGAGUGGUGCUGGGCCUUCUUCCUCUUCUGGCCACCACAAUACUCCUCCUUCGCUAAAAGUGGUUCCUUCUGCCUUUUUUCUUUUCCACUCAUCUUUAUCCUACCGUCUCGCCUCUCUUCAUUGCAGCUGAAAGUGUCACUCUGUCUUUAUCGGCUCUCACGUCAGAGAUCUAGCACUCACGUCUUUCCUUCUGAUGGCACAAAGUAAACUUAUAUUCAUGAUUUAGUUUAUGCCUUCCUGUUCACUACCUCCUCUUCGCUGCUGAGUGUUCACUACCUCCUGUUCACUACAUGGUGUCAAAUGCAACGUAGCCCUCUUACUUUUGUGAAUGUUUCAACAAUAAUAUUACAGCUCAGUACUUUGUCGUGAAAGAGACGCUCGUGACCCCUGUUUCGGACGUUCGUUUUGACUCAAGGGUUCCAUCUUCGCUUUCUGGUCUCCAGUGCAUCAGCAACGAAGGAAGUGAGAAUCAGACAUCGCUAUGGAGUCAAGAGCAAAAUUCAGUCACUAUAUGAAGUCAAGAAGUUACUGUCACACCAGCAGACUCGAAUCUGACACAGGCUUCGUAUACAUCUCAUCCUGGAGGAGAUGAUCACUGACCUCAUCAAUCGCUGGUGUUCAUCUGACGUAAAGAAAAAAAUACGUCUCUAUAUUAUUAUUAUUUUUAAAUUCACCAUUGCGAUGAAUUAAAGUUGACGAUCAUACCUUCCGAGAUUAAUAAAUUCACGAUUUCUGGUGCUCAUCCCCUUCGCAACUCGAGGGGUGAGGUGUGAAUGACGCCUGCCUCGGGUUCGAGUCCGAUGGUUGGCUGCAUUAACGCUGUCAACACUGAAAUCAAAUAUAUCAGUGUUGUAGAAUCAAAAAGAACGUUUCUAUUAGAUAAAGUAUUUAAUUUUGUGUUGUGAAUUAUAAUGUAUAUACUAUUUGAUAUUAUCGGUAGUAAAAUUGUUGCAAAAUCCAAGAGAAAAUUAUGUAAUGAUAAGAUUGAUAAUUUAGCAAUCCUUUAGAAUGGAAAGAACAAUUUGUUCUGCAUCCUGUCUUUUCUCAAAGUCCUCUAGAACAGCGGAGGCAAUAAAGGUGGUAGCUUUAUGAAUGUGCUUUGAAAUACAUACUUUUCUACUUAAUAAUUAAUCAUUGUGUUGAUGUUUUAAAGAUUAUAAACGAAGAUGUCAGUUUUCUGUGUAUUAGUCAUCACCGGAAAGUAACUGUCCUCAUGAUUCAGAAAACUGAAAAAUAUUUAAAAGAUACGCGUAUAUUUACAGGGUGUAUAGUUAAACAAACAUUAAAAAUACACCUUGUACAGAUUAAUUCCUUUUCAUAACAUUUUUUCAAACGAAUUCACUACAUUUGGAAUGCCCUUUAUGCAGUGAACUUCCCGUUAUCUGAGGUAAUUCAAAUUCAUUGCCCAGUACAGUCAGGUGCAAAAGUCUCGCUGCAGUCCUGGCGCCUCGAAUUCUUUCACUGUACAUGACUUCUUGAGGAUCUGAAGAUUUUAUUCGUGCGGCAGAAUUUGGGAUUUUGCCUUUACUGUACGUGUGCUGCUCUUGCGUUCUUGCAUGAAACUUUGAAUUAACUUUUUGCAUUCUCGAUUUGCUUGUGUUUGGAUGUACAGAUUAGAUUAUAUACUGUGUGAAUUAUUAUUACCAGAUUUAUGUGAAGUAGAUGAUUGUAGUUUUCUAAGACAAAUUGCUGAGAAAAAAACUGAAAAGGCUUAUGGAAAGAAAUAUUUGAUUAAAUUGUUAAAUGCAUGCAUACGUAUAUACACACAUAUACACGCACAUAGGCACACACACGUGCACAUGCACUUGCACAUGCACAUGCACACACACACACACACACACACACACACACACACACACACACACACACACACACACACACACACACACACACACACACACACACACAUACACACACACACACACACACACACACACACACACACACACACACACACACACACACACACACACACACACACACACACACACACACACACACACACACACACACACACACACACACACACAUGUAUGUCUUUAUGUAAAUGAACUAUUAUACAGUGACAAUGGCAGCAGUAAAUCAAACCAGGCAAGUUACCAAAUGGUAUUCUCGUGAUAGACACGUUCACCUUCAUAAUGAUAUAUACUAAAAAUGGACAGACAAACAAGCAAAGAAAUGAAGGAACAGACAAUAUAUCAGAACAUAGAAAGGAAAGAAUAAAUGAAAAUUUAGAACACCGGGGAAAGGAUACUGUUGAAGCUGUAGAUAUUUUGUUAUUCCUUGUCUCUGGAGUGCAAUAGCGUGAGGGAGCGUGCAACAGCCCAUCGGGUGGUUGGCGUUGCUUGAAGGAAGCACAAAAGUCGAAGCAAUAUAUAUGGCGGUUGGGCUGGCAAGCAAGUUCCCGCGGUUUCUUGCCCGCGCUCCGCCGCCUGACCGUGGUGUGGUCGGCCAUUUCAGUGUAGAAUACUCGUGUUUGUUGAUACAGAAUAUUAUAAAAGCAUGUGUGUUUGUGUGCGUGCUUGCGCCUUUGACUUCACCCGAGGGACAUUUCCUCUUUUCUUUUGACGUCGUCUUCGAAGUCCUUCCAAUCAGUUCCUGUUUUUUUUUUUUUUUUUUUUUUUUUUUUUUAAGUUCAUUGGCCUUUGAAGAGAGUAGUUGAGAAAAUGUUUUUUCCGUAUUUUUUUACUGUUGUCACUAAGCUGAAUAGGCGUUGGUGCAUUUUAAUGGAAGGGACUUCUGUUAUGUAAUUUGUCAUGGGAUAGUAAUUAAUUUUGAUGCUAAUCAAUAUGCUACUGCA